UCAGCUGAUGCAGAGACGUUCUGAACAUGGCGGAACUGUCAGAGAGUCAUUGAGAAAACAAGAGUGUUUAUUUUCUUGUCAGAUAAAGUACGAGGGACUUAAGAGAAAUUCUAAUUCAAGAUGAAUGGGCCAACAGCGCCAUUAGCCAAUGGACCAACCGAACAAAAUGGCACAGAGGGAGAACACAUCUGGGAAAGGCCUUGGACUUUGGAGGAAAUGCGCAAAACCAGUGCGAACUGGUCAUUAGCUGCGGAUUCUGGGCUUCUUCUGUUCCUCCAAGACUUCUCUCAGCGAAUGCUGUCCAAGACCCAUGAAAUUGAAAAGCAGCUUGAUGGCCUCAUUCGUGACACAAAAGCAACAGACUGCUGCCUGCACAGUGUCUUUAAUGAUUUCCUCAUGCUCUCAAAUACACAGUUCAUAGAAAACCGAGUUUAUGACGAGGAGGUGGAGGAGCCAGUGUCUAAGUCAGAGCCCGUGGAAAAACAGCCUGAACAGGACAAAAGUCGAGAGCAGAAGGAGGCUGAGUUGAUUCCAAAGAUUCAGGAAGCAGUGAAUUAUGGAUUGAGAGUUUUGGAGUCAGCAUUUGAACAACUAGACAUUAAAGCAGGAAACUCGGACUCAGAGGAUGAGGAAGCCGCAGACAGAGUGGAGCCCAUACUGGAACCCAAGGAUCUGUAUGUUGAUAGACCAUUACCUUACCUGAUAGGCUCUCAACUGUUCAUGGAGCAGGAUGAUGUGGGUCUUGGAGAUCUUUCUAGCGAAGAAAUGUCAAUUGAUAGCGACCGUGAUAGUGUCAUUGACAGUGAAGAGGACAAGGGUGAGGAGCAAUCCGAGGAUGAAUUUGAUCAGGAUGAUGAGUUACAAGGGAGGCUGAAAAAAAAGCCAAUGGUCAGUGAUGAUGAAGAGGAUGAGGAAGAUGAUGACUCAGACAUAUUUGGUGAAUCAGACAAAGAAGAUGAGGAUAAAAAGGGCUCCAUGGGACAGUCCUCCUUUGCAGACGAACUGGCGGCUCGUAUUAAAGGAGAUGUGCCCAGCACGCAAGAUGCAGAUCAGUCUUCAUUAUCAUCAGCUCCAUCUGCAUCAAAGAAGAAGGGAAAAGCAAAGAGAGAGUCCAAACCUGAUAAAGCCGAGGAUGAGGAGGACAGUGAUGAGCUGUUCAAACCCCCUAAAAUGGAAGACGAGGAUUUCUCUCCAUUUGGUGGUAAAGGAGGACUGUUUAGUGGAGGCAAGGGGCUGUUCGAUGAUGACGAUGAAGGUGAUCUGUUUGCUGAUGCGCCAAAACACGAGGCUGAAGAUAAAACAAAAGAAUUACCUGUCAGUAAAGAUCCUACAGUGUCUAAAAGCAACAAAAAAAUCCCAUCUGGUGCUGUCUCCAUUUAUCCAGGAAACACCCUCUUCAGUCCCACAAAAGACUCUGGAUCCAGUGAAGGAAAAGAAAAUGGGGUUCCCGUGGAAAACAAAGCCAAGUUGGCACCAAAGCAGAAAUCUCUGGGAGGGCUUUUUGAUGAUGACGAGGAAGAGGAUGACAUCUUCAGUGGAAGUAGUGUCAAAAAAUCAGAUCCUGGUUUGAAAAAGCCAAAGCAGAAGAAAACAGUGGAUCUCUUUGGGGAAGAUGAAGAAGAUGAUGGGGAUAGUUCAGAUGUUUUCAUUAAGAACUCAGGUGCAGCAGCUCCCCAUCAGAAAGAUAAGGAUGAUGAGGAGGAGGUGGUCUCAGUACCUGAGAAAAAGAUGCCUGCAGGAGCCGUUUCAAUGUUUGGGCCAGGAACCAAAACGCUCCUGGUUGAAAGUCAGAGGAAACGACAGCCCUCCACCAGUGAAGAUUCUGAGAAGUCUGAAGAGAAUAUACCUUCACAAGGCAUUUUCAAGACAGCAGCCAAACCUACUGAGAAAUCCCAAUCCAAAAGUCUCUUCUCAGAUGAAGAAGAGUCACAGGAUAUAUUUCCAUCCAGUAAAAACACUAAUAAAAAUAAGUCAAAACCUGCACCUGUAACCAAGAGCCAAGCCAGCAAAUCACCACUUUCCAUUUUUGAUGAUGAUGAGGAAGAGGAUCUGUUUGCUUCUGCACCUCCAAAGUCAACCGUGAAAAUAUCUCAGGAAAGAAAAGCAUCCUUACAAGAAGUGAACAAACCCCAUACUACUUCACUCUUCAGCGAUGAUGAGGAUCAGUGGGUAACUUCAAAAAUGACGCCAAGUACAGACAAGAGUGAGACAAAAACCAGAACUGCAACAGGUAAAGAGACCACCCCUUCCAGCCAGAAGAAGGCCAGCCUGUUUGAUGAUAAUGAAGAUGAUGAUCUGUUCCCUGCCACAAAGGGACCCAGUCAGAAGAAGCCCCAGAGAGUCUCUCUUCUGUUUGAGGAUGACAAUGAGGAUGAUGGGGACAAGGGGUCACUGUUUAGUGCCAAACCAGCUACGGGUAUCACUGCCCCUGAUGCUAAGGUGAAGUCGCCUGCAGACCCUCCAGCUCCCUCUCUGUUUGACAAAGAUAAGACGGAAGACUUGUUUGAAACACCAGCCGAAGCAAAACCUUCUGUGGAAAGCACAGGCCUCAAAAAGCCUCCUGUCGGAGCAGUUAGCUUAUUUGGAGGAAUCGAUGUGUUUGGACAACAGAAACCAGGCGUUAAGAGUCCUUUGGAAGACCCUGAGGAUGAUGAGUUCCUGUAUAAAGAUGCCCCUCCACCAAUGGAAGAGGAACCGAAAGGGAAAAAGAAAAAUGUGCUGAGCCUGUUUGAUGAUGAUGAUGAAGAUGAUGAAGGGCAAAAUUCCACAUUAAUAUCUGACAAGCCAACAAUGCAAAAUGUGUCUCAGAAGUCCACUGGGCAGAGACCUCGAACAAAGAGCACAGGAGUGUUCCAAGACGAAGAGCUGCUCUUCAGCCAGAAGCAACAGAAGGACAACGACCCUGAUGUUGACCUCUUUGCCACAACAGGAAAGGCAGUGAUAAAGGAAAAGCCUGCUGCAAAACCUGUGGAAACUAUCUCCCAUUCUGCCCCAAAAGCACACUUUGGUGACACCUUGGGUGAUGAGGAGGAUGAUUUGUUUAGUAAAGCAGUCAAGAGCCCAAAGCCCACCUCUGUGAAGCCAGUAGCACCUGCUUUAUUUGGUGAUGAUGAUGAGGAAGAUCUUUUUAGCUCUGUGAAGCCCAAACCUCCACAGAAACUGCCAGAGAAGAAGAUAGCCAGAUCCUCUAGAGACGAUGAUCUUUCAGGUGCAAAAAGUGAGAAAAUCAGUAAAACUGCUUCCACACAACCCCCAAAACAAGGAAGCCCGCCCAAGGCAGUGGAAAUUGAGAAACCUCCAGGCUCAUCUCCUGUUAAAAGUAAAGAGCCUUCCUCACGGAUUGGAAAACUUCAAGCUAACUUGGCCAUCAAUCCGGCUAGCCUCCUGCCUGGCGCCUCACCGCGGAUCCCUGGUGCCGGGAGUGUGAUCCCAGGCCCGGCACCUUCUCAGCCUUCUGCACCAGACGGGCCGCCAAGCUCCGCCACCUCACAGCCUCAGCCUGCAGGGGAGGGGGGGGUCAGCUUUGAAGCUCCAGCACAGGCCAGCACGCUGCAGAGCGCCAGCAAGGGUCGAGCCAGAGGAGCUGGCAAUCGCAGACCACAGACGAGAGCUGCCAGGCACUUAGCAGCACAGCUGUCUGACGAGGUGAAGGACGAGGAGUACAGAAUUGAAAGUGCCACAGGUGCUUGGUCCGGCUCCACUAUGCACACAGAAUCCCCUCAAACCCCAGACAUGAUGUCGAGCUCCCAAAGUAAGCAGCCAUCUCCAGAAGUGCCGGUAUCAUCCAAGCUGCCUGCAGGAGAGAAGGAGCCGGCCAGGUCAGACGGGAGCAAGCCCGUGUUGCCCACAGUAGAUGAGGACCUCUUUGGGUCAGAUGACCUGUUUGCUCCCUCAUUGACCAAAGAGAAACCCUCUCCUAACCCAAAAUCCAAGAUCCCUGAGGGCAUGACAAGAACACAGGGGCACCUUCAAAAGAAGGAAGUGGUUCCUUCUAUAUUUGAUGACCAAGAAGAUGAUCUGUUUCAAUCUGCUGAACAGAAAACCUCGAAGAAAACUAAAUCAGUCCCAUUUCUAGAGGAGGAUGACAUUUUUAACAUUGGGAAGAGCAGUGCUGUAUCAGUGAAGAAAGAAACCAAUUCCUCUGCACAGAAAGAGCCUAAACUGCCAAAGCAAGACAUCUUUCAGGAUGAUAUCUUUGAAGCAGAGGCAGAUAAAGUUUCCAAAAAAACUAAAGAGAAGGCCCUAGAUGUCAACUUGUUUGACGAUAAUGUUGAUAUAUUUGCCGACUUAAUGGCAACAAAACCGAAAGGAAAGGUGUCAAAGAAGAAAGUGGAGACUAAAUCGAUAUUCGAUGAUGAUAUGGAUGACAUCUUUUCGCCUGGUACUGCAAAAACCACAGUGAAGUCUAAGUCCAAAACCAAGAAAAGUCGACCUGUUCCCGAGACAAACACGGCAGAAGAAACAAGCCACAGCAUUUUUGAUGACCCCCUUAAUGCUUUGGGUGGCAAAUAAAUUAUUUUAAGAUGUCUGGUGUGAAUGUCUGAAUAUAAACCUGUAUAAUUUGAAAGUUCCAGAAGGAUAGAGUUUGUUAACACUGUUAAUAGUUUAAUAUUAAAUGCAUAGGACCACUGUAAAAAAAAAAAAAGAAAAAUGUAUGUUAGAAUUAUUAUCCAAUGAUGUUCUUGAGGACAGAACUGUUUUUUUUGGGGGGGAAUUAACACUUAGUUCUUAACUCAUUGUAUGUCUUUCAGUACUUACAAAUUAUACAUUAUACAUACAGUAUUUCUCCAGACACAUUUUUAUACAAGAAUAAGUGACUAAAUAAACAUGGUAAAGAAUCCUUUAUGUAUUAAUCGUAUACCACACUAUUUGACAUCUGUUUUCUCUUAAUGAUGUUUAGUAACAGAAUUGCAACUGUGUUUAAAGUUGACAUUUUUCAGCACUGGAAAAUGUUUUGCUGAGACGUAUAUGAACUGCCCAAUAUGUUAAACAUCUUGGUUGCAUGUCUUCAUUGUAAUUUUCAUUUCUAAGAACUAAAUGGCAUUUGUUUAAAUUUUGUUUGUGCUGUGGGGUUCAUGUAUACUGAAUGUCUUACCCAAAAUUUGAGCUCCUCUUACUGUCUAUUUAUAUACUAAAGGUUCAAAUCUCCAACCUCCUCACCAACAGAACUGUGCAGUGUUAUCAUACCCCCUUGAAAAGAGUGGGGAGAAAAUCAGUAGUCAGUCCUACAAGACUUACCUGAAGUCUGUGCAUAUUUACAUUGGGAUGAAGGCAGUUAGGCAAAGAUCUUUGUUUAAAGGUCUUUACAGGCUGGCAGAUUUUUUAUACUGUGUUAAUCGUUUACUUUCAGUUGAAACCUCUGAGUAAGUAGUAAGCCAUUUGACUCAGUUGAACAAGGUUGAGUGGAGAGCUGCUGUAGUGUACGUAGGCUGCAAAGGAUCAAGUAAAGGUUAAUUCCACACUGAAAAACAGAAGAAAAAUUGUUUUGUUCUUCGGAUGUAAAUGAAAGGGAGUAAGGUAGCAGGGUAAGGUGCUUUAGUCUCCUGCUACCUUACUCUCCCUCAAACUGCAGAACAAAACAUUUUCUUCUUUCUACUUUGCAGUGUGGAAUUAAUCUUAACUUGUCCAUUUGACCCAUUUCUUAAUUUUUAUUAUCAUUUAAAUAAAAAUCAAGUAUAUACGAAUUA